AUGAGUAAUUUACCUCAAGUAACUCCUGAGACAGAACAACAGUCACACCGUUCGAUAAACUGUGCAGGAGACAAUGAUGGAACACAGAAGGUAACUUCUCAGACAGAACAACAGUCACACCGUUCGAUAAACUGUGCAGGAGACAAUGAUGGAACACAGAAGGUAACUUCUGAGACAGAACAACAGUCACACCGUUCGAUAAACUGUGCUGGAGACAAUGAUGGAACACAGAAGGUAACUUCUGAGACAGAACAACAGUCACACCAUUCGAUAAACUGUGCAGGAGACAAUGAUGGAACACAGAAGGUAACUUCUGAGACAGAACAACAGUCACACCGUUCGAUAAACUGUGCUGGAGACAAUGAUGGAACACAGAAGGUAACUUCUGAGACAGAACAACAGUCACACCAUUCGAUAAACUGUGCUGGAGACAAUGAUGGAACACAGAAGGUAACUUCUGAGACAGAACAACAGUCACACAGUUCGAUAAACUGUGCAGGAGACAAUGAUGGAACACAGAAGGUAACUUCUGAGACAGAACAACAGUCACACCAUUCGAUAAACUGUGCAGGAGACAAUGAUGGAACACAGAAGGUAACUUCUGAGACAGAACAACAGUCACACCAUUCGAUAAACUGUGCAGGAGACAAUGAUGGAACACAGAAGGUAACUUCUGAGACAGAACAACAGUCACACCAUUCGAUAAACUGUGCUGGAGACAAUGAUGGAACACAGAAGGUAACUUCUGAGACAGAACAACAGUCACACAGUUCGAUAAACUGUGCAGGAGACAAUGAUGGAACACAGAAGGUAACUUCCGAGACAGAACAACAGUCACACCAUUCGAUAAACUGUGCAGGAGACAAUGAUGGAACACAGAAGGUAACUUCUGAGACAGAACAACAGUCACACAGUUCGAUAAACUGUGCAGGAGACAAUGAUGGAACACAGAAGGUAACUUCUGAGACAGAACAACAGUCACACCAUUCGAUAAACUGUGCUGGAGACAAUGAUGGAACACAGAAGAAGUGCCAACAUGUUGUAGUCUCCUCGGUAGUAUCCAGCUUGGAUAAAUGUGAGAGCUGUACUGGACCAUAUUCUGCCUUUAAGUGGAUUGGCGUGAAAUGUCAGAUUUGUUGCCGCUUUUGGCAUAAAACCUGCUACGAUAAAAAUGUGGUGCUUCAAUCUGACCCUAUUACAUCAAAUUCUGAAGAAUGCAGCAAUGAGUCCGAUCAGGACUAUGUACCUGAUUUUGGUUCAGACCAUUCUGAGGAGAGCACAGUGUCUGAAUGUUCUAAACAAUCUACUGCAAAAAUUGAAAAAGGCGGACAAUGCCAAGAACGCCUCAAAGGUAGAGACUCACUGAAUCCAUUCUCCACAGCACAGGCUGAACUGUUGUGUAGUAAAAGCAAGAAUGUUCAAGUGUCAGGAACUCACAACGAAGCAAGGAUUGGUAAUACAGGGGACACAUCUGUUGAGAAUAUCACAGGUUCUGUGGAAGAUCAAUGUGUACAGCCCUCAAAUAUAUCUUCUUCAGUAACCAAGAAGAAUUACUGCUUCAUUUGUGGAAAACCACAAUCAAAAUAUUCACGACACUUAAAAGUUCACGAGAAAACAAAUGUGGAAGUUGCUCGGGCUUUGGCUCUGCCUAAACACUCCAAAGAGCGUAAACAAUUGCUUGACAAACUGAGAAACCAAGGGAACUACGAACACAAUACAGAUGUUUUGACAAGUGGGACUGGAUUGUUAAAAAUCAGACGUAAACCAAAGAAAAAAUUUAGUUCAAAAGAUUAUGUACAUUGUAUGUAUUGCCAUGCCAUGUUUCUGCGGAGAGACCUGUGGAGACAUGUUCGUAAUUGUCCUUCCAAACCAGUGGAAGGUGGGGCAGGGCCAGGAAAAAACAGGGUUUUGCAUUUGGCAUCAUUGUCGGAUUCAACUCUGUGUCAACAAAUAUCACAGGGUGUUUGGAAGUUGUUAACUCUGAUGAAAGAUGAUAUAAUUUCUGCUGCUGUCCGGAGUGACUUCUGCAUUCUUCAACUGGCUCAGUCAUUUUUCAACAAACACGGACAAGAUCCAACCAAAUUUGACUACAUUCGUCAGAAGCUCCGGGAAGUUGGUCGACUUCUGCUGGUCCUGCGAAGAGAAUUUUCUAUUCAGACUCUUGAGGAUGCUAUAAAACCUGCAAAUUUUAAGGUAGUUGUCCAGGCUGUCAAGAAGGUGUCUGGGUUUGAUGAAAAUAAACAUUCCUACCAGACUCCAAGUCUAGCUCUAAAGUUAGGCCACUCAUUACAUAAGAUAAGUGACAUUAUACACUGCAAAGCUCUAAUGGCAGAUGACAGUGAGGGGAUAAAGUCAAGUCAGACUUUCAAAAAACUGUAUAAUGCAAAGUGGUCUGAACUUGUUUCUCACACGGCUUUGAACACCUUGCAUGAGGGGCACUUCAACAAACCAUCCACCCUCCCUUUCACAGAGGAUGUACAACGUCUUCACCAGCAUCUUGAAAUGAUUGCUGGUUCAACAUCUGAUAAGUUGACAGAAAUGCCAUCAGCACAAGUGUAUGCAGAACUUUGCAAAGCAACUCUAGCUAAAAUAAUUCUUUUCAAUCGAAGACGGGGCGGAGAGGUUGCAAAGAUGCAACUUAAAAGUUUCCAAGAGAGGGACACGGCUCCUCUACAUAAAGAUGUUGCUGUUGGUCUCACAAAGUUUGAACAAAAACUUUGUGCACAUUUCAGUCGGGUGGAAAUUAAAGGCAAGAGGGGGCGGAAAGUGGCAGUCUUGCUUUCACCGGACAUGGUUAAUGCCUUAACUCAACUCAUAAGCAGAAGAACAGAGUGCGGAGUUCCAGAAGAAAACACAUUCCUCUUUGCAAGACCCAACUGUUUGACUCCUUAUCGAGGUCAAGACUGCCUGAGGAUUUAUGCAGAUGAGUGUGGUGCAAAAAAUCCUGAACUCCUCAGGUCUACACAGUUACGUAAACAUGUUGCCACUUUAUCACAGGUUCUAAACCUUAAAAACCACGAAUUGGACCAAGUUGCAGAUUUUUUGGGCCACGAUAUUCGUGUUCAUAGAGAGUACUACAGGCUGCCUGAGGCUACAACACAGCUGGCCAAAAUAUCCAAACUAUUACUCGCAAUGGAGAAAGGCUCACUCACAGAUCUUCAGGGCAAAACACUGGAAGAGAUGGAAAUUGAAGAUCACAUAGACUUUACAGAUUCUGAGCAAAGUGAAGACAGUGAAGCUUCAGAGACCGAUCCACAGACCCAAACAGUAAUGGAUUUUGACUCUGCGUUAGAAGGCUCAUCUGAAGCAAUUAACCAACCCACUAGUAAGAAGGAUAAAAAGCACGCCAGGCGCGAAAAGUGUGAACAACCUGGACUGAAGAAAGCAAGGCGACCUGUUGAGGAACCUCCAGGGACUUCAUACGAUGAUUUUGACUCUGCUUUAGAAGGCUCAUCUAAAGCAAUUAACCAACCCACUAGUAAGAAGGAUAAAAAGCACGCCAGGCGCGAAAAGUGUGAACAACCUGGACUGAAGAAAGCAAGGCGACCUGUUGAGGAACCUCCAGGGACUUCAUACGAUGAUUUUGACUCUGCUUUAGAAGGCUCAUCUAAAGGUAUGACGAGUAAUUCUAAUGCUUUAAUUACUAAUCCAAUUUAA